AUGUUGUCUCCGUUGUUAACGGCCCUCUUCGUAUCGUCGCUUGUCGCAUCUGCCCCCUCUGGUCCUACAGGCAAUUAUGCACAAUCACCACCGGUUUUCCCCUCACCACCUGGAAAAGGGGUAGGUAGAUGGGCCGACGCGUACGAUAGCGCCAGCAGUCUUGUAAGCCAGAUGACAUUAGAGGAGAAGGUCAACGUCACACGCGGCUUCACUCUUGGCGAUAAUACCUGCGCCGGUAACACGGGGACAGUCCCGCGACUCGACUGGCCAGGUAUGUGCUUGCACGACGCAGGUAAUGGGGUUAGAGCUACGGACCUUGUUAACUCAUAUCCGUCGGCAAUCCACGUUGGCGCCAGUUGGGAUAAGAAUCUGACCUACCAAAGGGCCUUUUAUAUUGGCUAUGAGUUCAAGGCCAAAGGCAUCAAUGUCGUGCUUGGUCCCAAUGCAGGUCCCCUAGGGAGGACUCCUUUAGGUGGUCGUAACUGGGAGGGUUUCUCUGUUGACCCUUACUUAUCUGGACAGUUAAACGCGGAGACAAUUAUUGGCCACCAAGACGCUGGUGUAAUUGCAAAUAUUAAGCAUUUUAUUGCUAAUGAACAGGAGACGUACAGACGGCCAUACUUUGGGGUUGAAGCUAUUUCAGCAAAUAUUGAUGAUAAAACGCUUCAUGAACUUUACCUCUGGCCGUUUAUGGACGGAGUGAGAGCUGGUGUGGCUUCAGUUAUGUGCUCCUAUAAUAGAAUUAACAACACCUACGGCUGCGAGAACAGCAAACUCUUGAAUGGUGUUCUUAAAACCGAACUUGCCUUUGACGGAUUCGUACUCCUUGAUUGGAACGCUCAACACAAUCUUGAGAGCGCGAACGCGGGACUGGAUAUGCUUAUGCCUGGAGGUGGGCUUUGGGGCAAUAACCUAACCGAAGCGGUUCGUAACGGAUCCGUCAGUGAUGAUAGAGUCACCGAUAUGGCUACUAGGAUUCUUGCAGCAUGGUACCUUGUUGGCCAAAACGGUAGCAACUUUCCGGUCCCUGGAAUCGGGAUGAAGAAUCUCACUUUACCUCAUGAGCAAGUCGAUGCUCGUACCCCUGAAUCGAAACCGAUCAUAUUAGAAGGUGCGAUAGCCGGGCAUGUUCUGGUAAAGAAUAACGAUGCCUUGCCUUUUAAGAAGAAUCCGACUAUGCUGUCUGUUUAUGGCUAUGAUGCUACAAUUCCUGAUACUAAAAACACGGAUAAUCUUUUCCAACUAGGUUACACUUCUUCCUCAGAAAUGGGCCAAGCAGUAUUAGGCACAGAGAAUCAUUUCAACCAGGCUGCUAAAGGAGGUACAAUUGUGACUGGUGGAAGAGCUGGUGCCAAUGGGCCAGCCUAUAUCGACGACCCAUUGAGCGCUAUUCAGCAGAGGGCAAGAGUUGAUGGGACAUGGGUCAACUGGGAUUUAACUUCACCUAAUCCGGAUGUCAAUGCGGCAUCGGAUGCUUGCUUGGUCUUCAUCAAUGCUAUUGCAACUGAAGGUUGGGAUCGUGAUGGGCUUCACGACGACUUUAGCGACGGACUUGUUUUAAACGUGGCCUCCAAGUGUCUGAAUACUAUCGUCGUCAUCCACGCCGCAGGCAUUCGCCUCGUAGAUCAGUGGAUCGAUCAUCCUAACGUCACUGCAGCAAUUAUUGCUCACUUACCCGGCCAAGAUAGCGGUGAAGCCUUAGUCCAGCUCCUCUAUGGAGAGGCUGGAUUUUCGGGGAAACUACCAUACACUUUGGCGAAGAACGAGAGUGAUUAUGCAGUAUACGCCCCGUGUGGUCGCGGCCCGUCAAAUACGACAAACCCGCAAUGUGAUUUUACUGAAAAGGUCUACGUUGAUUAUCGCCACUUUGACGAGAAUAAAAUAGCACCACGAUACGAAUUUGGGUAUGGAUUAUCGUACACAACAUUUACCUAUUCUUCGCUCUCAGUCGAGCCCCUGAUUAUUACACCGGAGCCGCAAGGAUCCUCUAUUCCGAGUCACGAUGAAGCUUUAUGGAAUAUUGUGGCUAUUGUUAAAGCAACGAUUUCUAAUUCCGGAGAGGUAUCCGGCGCGGAAGUAGCACAACUCUACCUCGGCAUCCCGAACAGUCCGCCCAAGCAGUUACGCGGCUUCGAAAAAGUUCUUCUUGCCCCAGGAGAAUCUGCCGAGAUCACUUUCGAACUUACAAGGCGUGAUCUUAGUGUAUGGGAUGUUAUCACCCAGGGAUGGAUCGUACAAGAUGGCCAAUAUGAUUUAUAUGUUGGUGCUAGUAGUCGGGAUAUCAGAUUGACAAGUAGCAUCGCAGUCUAG